GAGAAUCUCUCGCAGGAAAUAGUUUUGUUCAUCGUGUUUUGAUACAAUGUGGCAACUUAUUGAAUGAUCAGGAAUUGAGAAAAGAAAUGUAUCUUUAAGCCUUGCGGUUUUUAAUCCUGAGUCAGGUGCUAAGAAUCACUGGCGGAUUUCAACCAAAUUUGGCACAGGGCAUCAAUAGGUGUUUAGUCAGCGUGUAUUUGUUAUAAUUCCUCAAACGCCAUGUUAAAUUAUUUGAUAAUAUUUGCCAUACCAUGGAUAGCAUAUGCCUACGAGAACAUUGCUUUACUUAAGAGUGCUUGGCAGUUACAUCCAUACAUGUACAAGCAUAAAAUAAUAACAACAAAUGCAUCCAAUGCUGUUGAUGGACUCAAAACAAACCUGUCGUAUUUUGGAGGUCAGUGCACAAUAUCUGCAAAUUAUCAAUAUGAAGCCCUGUGGCGUGUCGACCUUGGAGCAGUUCUAGGGAUCCAUCACAUCAAUAUUUAUUAUAAAACAGACGAUGUUCCUUGGGGUCCCGGUAAUGGGUUUACCAGCAGAUUCUUAGGAUUUUCUGUGUUCAUAUCAAAUACAACGGACAAAGAAGACGGGGUUCUCUGUUUUAAGGACGACAAGUUUACUAGGUACACCAUACCAGCUGUGAUAACAUUGAACUGUACUCACCACGGUAGAUACGUCAUCUACUACAACAACAGGACAUCAACUAAUUUACCACCUGACUACUCAGCCUAUGCUUUCAACGAACUUUGUGAGUUCGAAGUAUAUGGUUGCCCAUCUCCUAGUUACUAUGGCGAAGAUUGUUCUCAAUCGUGCCCAGAUCAGUGUAUGGACAGCCGGUGUCACACAGAAACUGGUAAUUGCUUUGGAUGCAACGUUGGAUAUCAGGGUCCUACCUGUGAUCAACCUUGUCAGAAAAACACGUAUGGUUACGGAUGUUCAAUGAUCUGUGGGCUUUGUGUGAAUGGAGAACAGUGUUACCAUGUCAACGGAACUUGUCAUAAUGGUUGUGAGGCUGGCAUUUACGGGAGUCAUUGUCAAAUGGAAUGCCCUCAAGGGUUAUACGGAAGAAACUGUUCGAACAAAUGCAGUGAAAAAUGCUUCAUAUACAAGAAUUGUAACAUAAAGACCGGUGUCUGCUUCGGGGGAUGCGCUGUAGGAUGGAAACCACCUUUGUGUAAUGAAGAAUGUGAUGACGGAACAUUUGGAACAAAUUGCAGCAACUACUGUGGUCAUUGUCAUCAAGGACAGUCAUGUGACGUGGAGACGGGGGCGUGCCCAAAUGGAUGUGACUCAGGAUACAAAGGGAUCCACUGCAACGAGUCAUGUGCCCAUUCAUUCUAUGGACCAAAUUGCAGAUUGAGGUGCAGCAACACCUGCAUCAACCGGACAUGUGAUGCCGAGAAAGGCAGCUGUGAUAUGAUAUAGAAUAAAACAUGCUAAAAUUAUAGUUAU